GGUAUAAGGAAUGGGGCGAUAGUUGUUUACCUGGACAAUGUGUCAGUGCCACAGUUUUCCCCUCCACUGUUUAUCAUUAUUAGAAGCUGCCGUGGAUAAACCUUCCAAGCACUCAAAUCGAUCGGGAAUGCACCUCGUCCCCACAGGAACGCUACUUUUUCUGAGGCAUUGCUUCGUGAGGAGAAUGAAUGAGCUCUUGCUUGCUUCAGUGUUCAGAGAUUCAUUCGAUAAAAAGGAAAUUCAAAGGUUUUGCCCUUUUUUUGUUUCCCCCGUCUCUCUUAUUUCCCCCAAUCUCAACCUCUCCAAAGCUGCCAGCUUAAUCUUCUCUACCAAAACCGAGCAGAAACACCAUUUAAUUCCCUCACUCCCCGUCGGUUCUUCACUGCAUUGACCGAAAGCAUGAGCAGGAUUGGUAGUGGUGGUGAUCUUCCUCGGCUGCUGGGGUACUGUCUAUUUCUGUGCCUCGCGGGACAUGUCGGAGCGCACUCCGGCAUAUCGGAUGCAGAAGCAGGGGUAUACAGCAAUGCUGUUGUUAUCGACGGUACAGCCCCUAUCGCCGUGACCGAUGAAGAUUUCAUCUGCGCUACUCUGGACUGGUGGCCACCUGAGAAAUGUGACUAUGGGACAUGCAGCUGGGGAAUGGCAUCCAUGCUCAAUCUGAAUCUUUCCAGUCCGAUCUUGUUGAAUGUUAUAAAAGCUUUUUCACCGCUGAAGCUUCGGCUGGGGGGCUCCUUGCAAGAUAAGGUGAUAUAUGAGACAUUAGACUCUAAGCAGCCAUGCACGCCCUUCGCAUACAACGCAUCGGAGAUGUUUAGUUUCACUGAAGGCUGCUUACCUUUGGCCAGAUGGGAUGAACUAAACGAGUUCUUCCAGAAAACAGGGGCGAUCAUAAUUUUUGGCUUGAAUGCUCUAAAUGGAAGGGUUAAGCAGAGUGAUGGCUCAGUUGGAGGACCUUGGAACUACACCAACGCUGCUUCUCUCAUUCGUUAUACAGUCAACAAGGGUUACACAAUUUUCGGUUGGGAGCUCGGAAACGAGUUAAGUGGAUCGGGCGUGGGAACUAAAGUCGACGCAGAUCAGUAUUCCGCAGAUGUUGUCAACCUCAAACGGAUCGUCGACGACAUCUACCAAGGCUUCCCAGUAAAACCACUGGUGUUAGCACCAGGGGGCUUCUUUGACGCCGCCUGGUUCGCUGACCUCGUCGACAAAGCAAAACCUAACUCGUUGGAUGUGCUCACUCACCACAUUUACAACCUUGGCCCAGGUGUGGACAAGCAUUUGGUUGAGAAAAUUCUGGACCCGACUUAUCUGGACGGCGAGGCGAGCGUAUUCAGAGAUAUGCAAGGGCUUAUCAGGAUUAGUGGGACUAAAGCGACCAGUUGGGUUGGCGAAGCUGGAGGGGCUUACAACAGUGGCCACCAUCUUGUGACUGACGCAUUCGUCUUCAGCUUCUGGUACCUGGACCAACUCGGCAUGUCCGCCACCUACGACACCAAGACAUACUGCCGGCAGUCGUUGGUGGGUGGAAACUACGGCCUUCUCAACACAACCACCUUCCAUCCAAAUCCUGACUACUACAGCGCUCUAUUGUGGCAUCGAUUGAUGGGAACCCGGGUUUUGGCGACAAAUUUAAUCGGGAGAGAGCCCAGUUUGAUCAGAGCAUAUGCUCACUGCGCAAAAGAAUCAGAAGGAGUCACUCUGCUAUUGAUCAAUCUCAGUGGCAACACCACGACUCAGCUUCCGAUCAUAAGCCCGACUUCUUAUUCGCUCGGCCGGAAGCAUCAUCCGGGGGCUGCUAGAUCAAAGAUUCCUAGUCUGUCGGCAGAGGACACAAGGGAAGAGUACCACCUCACAGCCAAGGACGGUGACCUCCACAGCCAGACAAUGCUGCUGAAUGGCAAUGCGUUGGAAUUAGAUGCUGACGGGAAUAUUCCGACGUUGGAUCCUAUUAAAGUUGACGCAUCGCGGCCGAUCAUAAUCGCUCCGUUCUCUAUCAUAUUCGCGCACAUUCCUUCUUUUCGACCUCCUGCAUGUAGGUAGUGUUUUCGUGGUGUUAAGAAGAAGAAGUAGGUGUGGUUCUUUACGGAGAAAGCAUUGGUUACAUAGAUAAUUGGGAGUAGGAAAUAAAAAUAAGAACAGUAGAUGAUCGGAAACGGCUAGGGGGGCUUUUUUUUUAUCAUGGUAUUCUUUGUGAAACCGAUUGCAAUAAGUAAGCAAUUAUGUAUUGAAACAUCUAUUCUUUUAAUGACUCCAAGUUUUUAGAAAUUAAGAGC